AUGACACAACAACCCCAGCAGGAGCCUGGGCCCGUCUGUGGGACGGAAUCUUGUGUUGAACUUUUUAACAGCAAAGAGCUGCGGGCCGUGAAAACAGAAAAUAAGCGUCUGCUUGAGAGGAUCGCCGACCUACAGCGGAGCUUAGGUGUGUGCAAGAGGGUGGCGGCGGGGCUGCACAAGGAACCCUCUGUGUUGGCUCAGCCAGUUCUUCAUCCGGUGCGAAGGCGGGUGGCGGAGGCUGACUCCAGAAAAACAACCACCCGCUACCUCUUGUAUGGGUACCUGGCCGCGUACUGGGCCUGUAUGAGCGGCCACAGGCCCAGCGUCUUCACUAAUAUGAAGGAGGACGAGGUUGUCGCCUCGGAGAAAAAACUGACAGACCAGGGAGUCCUCAUUAGGGUGGCUGACCACAAGACCACCGUCAGGUUCGGGGAGGCGAACCUGGCUGUGACUCGUGCUGAAUUUGACUGGAUCAGGCGUCUUCUGGCUAUAAAGCGUACCAUGAGGUCCAGAAAUCGCUCCGUCCUGUUCACUCUGGGCAAGCAUCCUUUCAAAAACGUGAACAGGUACCUCCAGAUGGCGUGGGACGAAAUGGGCCUAAAGGGGGAAAUUAACUUCACCCUCAUCAGGACGGCCCUGGCAGAUGGAGUUAACAUGCUGUACAGGGACCUGGAGGGAGAGUCAAUUUCCCAGUUUGGUCACUACCUCUCCAGACGCAGAAGCUUAACUGGUCGUUGUAGCCUAUUUGAUGAUGGGGCAGUAUGCCCAGCAUGUCCAAAGGUUGGAACUGUUUAUAGAAAUUCAUAUCAUAAUUUGAAAAGUAUUCAUAUAAAGGGUGGGGGUGGCUGUAGCUCACCUCCCAUGGUCACAACUUUGGACCUGGAAGAGACCAAAGUUCCUGAACAUGACACAACAACCCCAGCAGGAGCCUGGGCCCGUCUGUGGGACGGAAUCUUGUGUUGA